AUGGCAUCAUCACACCGCUCGGCUGCCAGCUCCAUGAGGCUACAAGGAAGCAGAAAUCGUAUAAAUAUAGAAAUCGGGAACAUAAAUAAGGAGCAAGAGCUGCAGCACCCUUCUCCCCAUGGAAAUGCACGAGGACAAGAGGAAGAAUCAGAACCAAGAUCUUACUCUAAAAAAAAAAUUGUAAUAAUUGGAAUUGCCAUUGCCACCUUCCUGGUCAUCCUCCUGAGUAUCGUCAUUGCCCUUGUCCGGUCAAACACCACGGAAAAUCAGAAGACCGAGGCAGUUCAAACCGGAACGUCAGUGCCAUUAAACUACCAACAGAAUGUCUUUUAUUGCCCACCUGACUGGUAUGGACAUAAUAAAAGCUGCUACAAAUUGUCAGAGGAGGAGAAGAACUGGAAUGAGAGCAAGAACUCUUGUUUUUUGCAUAAUGCUACCUUGGCCAAAAUUACAGAGGAGGAAAUUGUGACUAAUGGUAUUAUAAGGAUGUUCACAAAAGUCCAUGUCUUUUGGAUCGGCCUCACGAGAGAACCGAAUCAACACUGGAAGUGGCUAGAUGGAGAAAAUGCAACGAUGGAAGUCAAGGGAAAUGGAGGAGAUUGUGCAUUUUUGGACGACGAAGUCACAGCCAUGUCAGUGAGAUGCAGCACUGAACACUACUACGUGUGCAAAAAACCAAUGCUCUCAAAGAUCCUGAAAGAGAACUGGAACAGUUGACUUUAAACAGUUCAUUUAGUGACUAUUCAAAGUUACAACAGCAUGUCUCUUUAACUUUCUCCCAACGUG